AUGGCGUUGAGCACCCAAAGAACCUCUGCUUUUCAUCCUUCAGCUGAUCAGUCGGCUCCUCCUCAUUGGAAGUACGAUGUGUUUUUGAGUUUCAGGGGUGUAGACACUCGAAAUGGCAUUUUAUCCCAUUUAUACCACGAAUUGCAGAACAGGUGCAUCAAAACAUUCAUGGAUGAUCCAGAGCUUGAAAGAGGGACAACUAUUUCUUCUGAGCUCUUCAAAGCAAUCCAAGAAUCAAGGCUUGCAAUCGUUGUUCUCUCGCCAAACUAUGCUUCUUCUUCCUGGUGCUUGGAUGAACUUACAAAGAUUAUCCAAUGCAUGAAAUCCAACGGCACAGUUCUGCCUGUGUUUUAUAAUGUGGAUCCCUCUGAUGUGCGAAAACAAAGUGGCAGUUUUGCAGGCGUGUUCACUGAGCAUGAGAAAAGGUUUAGGGAAAACAUGGAAAAGGUGAAGCGCUGGAGAGCUGCUUUAACAGAAGUUGCCAAUUUAUCUGGGUUGGAUUCAAAGAAUCAGUGUGAAAGAAAGCUCAUUGAAAAGAUUGUUGAAUGGGUGUGGAGGAAAGUGCAUUGCACAUUCAAAUUGUUAGAUUCAACAGAGUUAGUGGGAAUUAAGUUUACACGUGAGCAAAUGGAUUUGCUUGUAGCUCCUACAGAUGAUGUUCGCUUUGUAGGGAUAUGGGGGAUGGGAGGCAUUGGCAAGACCACCAUUGCUAGGCUUGUUUAUGAAAGCAUUUCUUUUCAUUUUGAAGUUCCCUGCUUUCUUGCUAAUGUUAGAGAGGCUUCUGAAGGUAAUCGUCUUGUUGAUCUACAAAGACAGCUUCUUUUCCCUAUCUUGAAGAAACAAAUUACUCAAGUUUUGAAUGAAGACUGGGGGACCCAUUUCAUUAAGAAUUGCUUAUGUAAUAAAAAGGUUCUUCUCAUUCUUGAUGAUGUGAAUGCAUCAAGCCAACUAGAGAAAUUUGCGAAGGAAAAGGAUUGGUUUGGUAAGGGGAGUAUAAUCAUCAUUACAACUAGAGAUGAACGGUUGGUUAAAAAGCAUGAUAUGGAGAUAUCAUAUAAGGUAGAGGGAUUAGGUGAUGAUGAGGCUCUUGAGCUCUUUAGUCUGAACGCCUUUAAAAAAUUGGAGCCCGAGGAAGGGGAAGGACAAGAAGAAGUAAUUGAAAUACUAAACAGUUGUGACCGUGGUGGUGGGAUAAAUGCUCUCGUUGAGAAGUCGCUCUUAACUAUUGAUAUUUCAAACAACGUUACAUUGUUGGGAUGCAUGAUCUGA